CAUAAAAAAUUCGAUGUGUUUCUCAUAUGCUCGUAAGUGUUUCCAUCUGCAAGGAUCCCAGCAUCUGAUCCUAGAGUCGGAUUGAGUUUGUGCAGACUGGGCUUCUCUGAGUUGAUAGCGCAGGUCACAACUCCAGUACCACACAGCUAGGACAGAGUCUCCUCUGCUCUCGCAAGAGAAAGUGUGAAGCUUUGGGGUAUUUCCGCAGCAAAAACACUGAAGGUUCAGAAUAAUUUUCCUGGCGAACGUUAUCGUUUGGUUUCAUGAACAGAAUGUUCUAGAUGUAAGUGAUGUAACAGGAGCGAUGCGACAGCCCGCUCCUCGUGAGGAAUUUUCAGAAGUCUUAGAUUUCUUUAGCAAUUCUCCAGGAAAAUGUGGUCAAUUCAUAGUCUACAGUCUGUACCACAUGUAAAUGAAACCAUCCCGGCAGGAAUUUUAAUAAAAUAUAAAGAUAUUCUCAAUAAACCUCAAAACAAAACAACAACAAUGACAAUAACAAAAACAAAGGUUAUCGGCUUGAAUCUUAACAUAUUAACAAAGAUUUAAAAUAGAUUUCAAUGAAUGCUGUGUCACAGUACCGCAUACUAUCAUAUUCAGGAAUCCGCCUGUUAAAAAACGCACCAGAGACGGCACGAGCGCAAAACCCUGCCGCACGUGAGAAGAGUCACUGGAAAAACAGUAUGUCUUAUCAAGCAGAAAACCGAUAUGAAGCCAUUCAUAAAUCAUUCGACAUGUGUUUGAUCAUUUCAGAAUUUCCCUCUGUUAUGUCUCCCUAAAGACAACAUAUGCGCAAGAGGGCCUGUUUAUGCAGCAGUAAGUGCUGCACUGAGACCCGCGAUCACGAUCAGCAGUUCAAAGCAGCUCGAGCUCGUGUAACACCUUCCCCCUGUUUUGUCCACCUCGUGGUUGUAUAACCGGACUCCGUCACACGUGUAUAGCACCACUCUCCGAAUCUGAGGACUCGAGGUAAAUCAGCACUUUAUGGGUGCAGAGUCGUCCGUUCCCGUGUGUUAUCUCCGGAGCUGUGCUGCGGGGCAGAUGGCUGGAAUGCGGGGCAGGUGAAGGGGCAUCAUGAAUCACCCCGGAGCACGAGCGCCUAUGGCCAAGUCAAGCACCCCCUCUGCACGCUGAGCUGCUUUCGAAACUAACAAUUAAAAAAACGCCAUUUGCUUUUAUUAGAAGCAAUCUAGGUGCUGAAUAAGCACAAAAAACUCCAAACCCGUUCGUUUGCUAUUGUUGUUUUGUAAAUGCCGUUUGGUCUGUAAACGUCUAGUUCCUGUUCCCUCCCCUCAAGGUUAAUAAAUGUUCUCAGUACUCCCACCUUGGCCUCCAACGCAUCCCAACAGGGACAGAGGAUAAACCGGAGAGAUUAUCGUUAGAUUCACGCGACAUACAUUAUUUAAAGGCUUGAGAAUGCUGAAACAAUUCAUGCUGACUUCAUUUACAAAGCAUUAAAAAAGGUUUUAUUUAGCAAGAACCACAUGCGCUACGUCGACCAAACGCGAUGAAUGCCAGCUGGGCUAUUGACCUCGUCAACAAAAGCACUUUCUUGUGGAGAUUCUUCAGGAGAAGAAGACCGUGGUUCAAUUGUCCUCUGUCCAUACAGACCAACUUGCCAUAUGUCCACACUUAAGUCCCUCCCUCUCGUGCUCAGCACCAGUCGGGCUCCUCCGUGCUUCCAGUAUCGAGUUUCACAUCGCCCGCCGCAUCACCGAAUGCCGUUUCAUCCUAAACUUACGAUUACCGGGCCGGUAUCGACAGCCUCUUCUGCCGCACGUUUCCUUAUGCGCCUGGAGAGGGUUUAGUGCAAAGUCUAAUAGUAUGCUCGAGCAGUCGUUGGCGGUAUCGUUUUGCGGAGCGUAGUUUGAGCGCCGGGAGGGGAGAGGCAAAUCUUUUCACUCCAGCCAUCAUCUCCUGACAAACGGGCAAAAAGCCACCGACACGUCUUUUCUUUUGUCGAUAUCCAGCCGACGUGUACAGCGCGUUUUUAAUCCGAAGCGACUGGCUUGUAAAAGGGAUGUGACGGGCCGGCCGCCUCUCUGCGCCUAACCUGGACGUCGGAUUAUUUGGAGUAGAAUAUAAUCCACCGUAGUUCGCGCAUUCGUCUGAGACCAUGGAGAGUGUGGAGAAAGAGUGCGGGGCUCUGGGUGGACUCUUCCAGACCAUCGUCAACGACAUGAAGAACUCAUACCCGGUCUGGGAGGACUUUGGUGCGAAGGCCACAAAGCUACACUCACAACUCAGGAACACCGUGUUGGUGACGGCAGCGUUCCUCGACGCCUUCCAGAAGGUGGCUGACAUGGCGACAAACGCAAGAGGUGCUACCAGGGACGUGGGCUCGGCGCUGACGCGAAUGUGUAUGCGCCAGCGCAGCAUAGAGGCCAAACUGCGACACUUCACCAAUGCUCUUAUGGACAAGCUAAUCAUGCCACUCCAAGACAAGGUAGAGGAAUGGAAGAAAAGCACUGCUCUGCUAGACAAAGACCACGCCAAAGAGUACAAGCGAUCUCGGCAGGAGAUCAAGAAGAAGUCGUCCGACACUCUGAAGCUGCAGAAGAAGGCUAGGAAAGAACUUCCAGGUCGGGGAGGGUUGCAGCCUCAGUUAGACAGUGCCAAGCAGGACGUGAGUGACAUGUACCUGCUGAUGGAGGAGACGGAGAAGCAGGCGGUGCGCCGAGCCCUCCUGGAAGAGAGGGGGCGCUACUGCACCUUCAUCGGCUUCCUGCAGCCCGUGGUGAAUGGAGAGAUCGCCAUGCUGGGGGAGGUUACGCACCUCCAGGCCAUUACUGAUGACCUCACUGUGCUCGCCACAGACCCGCACAAGCUGCCAGACGCCAGUGAACAGGUGAUCCUGGACCUGAAGUGUUCCGACUACAGCUGGUCCUACCAGACUCCUCCCUCCUCACCCAGCAGUGCUGGUUCCAGGAAGAACAGCCUAAAACAGGUACACCACAAUCCACAAGGUGGAAUUAGCAUUAGUCAGGUUGGGAAGAAACUACACCCUGUAAGAGACCAUUCCAAAAUGGCAGUUUACCAAACUGUUAACGAGUUUACUAUUUGUUGUAGUUUGGUGCAUCCACCACCAGGGGGUGCUCAUCGCCUAGGCAGUGUCUCCUCGCAUGAUUGAUUUAACUCCCAAGAUGCCAACGUGCAUUCCAAGCCUCCUUCUCCAAUGCCCUCAGACAUCACCAGUCAGAAGUCUUCCAGCUCUGUGUCAUCCGAGGCAUCAGAGACGUACCAGAUGGUCAGCGAGUGCAGCUCUCCCACGCCAUUUGGCUCCUUUGACACCUUCCAUCCAGCUUACCCUUGUAACGACGCCACCAGAUCUUUAAUAGCUCCUGCCUCUGCAUCCUGUAAUUACCUCCCUGGGUCAAAUUCCCCCUCACACACAUCACUGCAUUGGAAGCAGGACUGGUCUAAAGGCCCUCUCUCUGAGCAGUCUGGGGCCCUUCUGCAGCACAGCAGCGACGCGACAGCAUCCCCUAGUGGUGUGAGAGGGAAUGGCGUGAUGCGCCCUGAAGAGCCCUACAGGGCUAAAGCACUCCCUGCACAUGUCACUGUGAAGCAUGGGAAACCAAUGGUGUCUGCAGCCAGUGAGCUGGCGAUGGUUUUGACUCGUGGUCUGAGUCUGGAACAGCAGAAGAGCAGCUGUGACUCACUGCAGUACUCUAGUGGCUACAACACACAGACCACUACCCCGUCCUGCUCUGAGGAUGCUAUCCCCUAUCAUGGUUCUGACUAUGAUUCCUACUUCAUGAAUGGAGAUGCAGACACCGAUGCCCGUUCAGACUUUGACAAGUCCUGCACUGUACCUCGCAACAGCAAUCUGGCCCAAAACUAUCGACGUAUGAUCCAGACCAAGAGGCCAGCGAGUACAGCCGGCAUUCCUGGAGGCCUGGCUGUCCAGGGGGUGACCAAUGGCAGAGGCAGAGACAGAGGUGUCAUUUCCUCCGGCACAGCCACAAUCCGCCUAACGCCCUCCUCCAAGACGAUUGAGACGCACCCCGUCAACGUGGGUCCCAUCCCCAUCCGAUCUCCCAUCAUCCCGGUUCGGACCCCCACUGCGCCGGCUUCCCCGAGCUUCCCCGCUGCCCCCCCACAGCACAACAGCAGCGAGGAGAGUCUGUACAGCGACGAAUCGCUGGAGGUCCAGGACUACAAAGCCUCCCCCCAGCGCAUGAGCCUGCCCAGUCAGGCGUGGGGCCCGGGCGCCGUGGCUCUCAGCUCAGAGGAGGACCAGCUUCUGGCUGCCAACCGCCACACCCUGGUGGAGAAGAUCGGAGAACUGGUGGCGAGUGCUCGGGCGCUGGGCGACGGCCAAUCCCCUUUCACUGCCAACACCCAGAUCAGCCACCAGAUGGCGCCACCACCGGCCCCGCCGCCGACUGCCGUGGAGGGUGAGGACAUUCUGAAGACCAUCCGCAGGGGGGUGCGUCUCAGGAAAACAGUGUGCAGUGACAGGUCUGCACCCAGGAUUACACGGUAGCUGAACUGGGCUGUCUCCAUGUCCGUGCAAUUCAUCUAGACUCUGCAGAGUGGGAACUGAAUUGUUAAGGAUUGUUCAUGAAUUGGUGCCUAGCAGUGAGAGGCCAGUAUCAGUGUAAUGUGAUGAGUAUGACCCGCUUCCUGUAUGGACCAUUAUUGUUGUAGGGAUGUUGACAAAACUGAAGCAGCAUUUACUGGAAAGGCAUAAUAUAAUGGGACUUUUAACAGCUCGAGUGAUGAAAGUAUGUUUAAUGUGCAUAUUUACAUUCUAGUUACGUCAGUUUUGAUUUGUAAUUACUAUGCUAAUCAUAUGUUACUCAAUUGUAACUGGGGUAAAGCUCAUUUGACUAAUUUCUCGUCUACCGUGUUAGCCAGUGUAAAAAACCAAAGUGUUUUGUUGUUGAUUAUAAAGCUGUUGCUUUAAGUACAAACAGCACCACAGUAGCCUGCCCUUGUUCAGAGGGGCCCAUGUAAACAGAGCACAUACUGCCCAAUAAACCUGGCCUUGUGUCGCACAACGUCA